CGGGCUGCGGCGUUUGGAGUUCCCUGGCUCCUCAGAGGCGGUGCCCGCGCACCGCUGAGGGAGGCGGGUCCGGCCCUGGCGGCGGCGCUUCCUGCGGCCCUGCAGACCCCCACCUCCGCUGCACGGCUGGGCGUCCGUUGUGCGACCUCAGGAACUGGCGGUUCCGGCGCCUUCAGGAGAGCGAGGGGUGAAAGCUGCUGAGAGGGCGGCGUUGCCACUUAGUAUUCCAACAGUUACAUUUGGACAGGGUUUCUUCUUGGCUGUCUUGCAACUUACUAUAUGGACCAAGUUGACUGCAAACUCACAGAUCCACCUGCCUCUACUUCAUGAGAGUGGGGAUUAAAGACACAUGCCUUCAUGCCUGGCUCAUCCUAUCUAAUUUAAAGAUGGGUCUCUAUAACCUUAAAGAGUUGAAGUGGGAAAAUUGGUAUGCCUCACUCUUAACUGUGGACUUGCUUGAAUUUUGUAGUAGGCACAGGACACAAUUAGUGUUUUCCAGAUGAUACCCAGAGUACUUCAGCAAUUUUGCCACCCUAAUCUUUGCAGAGGAGAUUAUUACUACAUCUGUCUUUCUCUAGGACAACAGGUAAUAUUUGAUGAUGAAUGGUCCAUCCAUGUCUUCAAGAAUACAAGUAGCACUGUAGAGAGAGGAAAGAUCACCACUGACCACUUAUAUGAAUAAUCUGCCCAGACGUAUUUUUCAAAUUCCGGAAGAGAGUGUCCCAGUGUAUUUCACCAUCACCCUUACAGGAUGGAAGCCAUCAGUUUGUCCCAUGGUUUAUUUUCUAGGAACCCAAGCUACUUUCAUAAUGAAAAGACAGAGCAGGAAGGGACAGUGUCUGACUGCUGGACAAGUUACCAGGAGUCAGUGACCUUUGAAGAUGUGGCUAUAGACUUCACCCAGGAGGAAUGGACUUUAUUGGACACACAACAAAGGAACCUUUACAGAGAGGUGAUGUUUGAGAACUCCUGGAACCUGGCCACAUUAGAAUGCGCUAUGCAACUUAACACCAGAGGGACAGUGUUUCAGCAGGAUAUUUUUCAGUUAAAAAUGGCAAAUGAGAUACAACUGUUACUCAGCCACAAUGGAAAGGAGCUCUGUGACUUGAAGCCACCUGGAGAAAUCAUCAGAGAAAUUUUAUGUAGUCUCAUACACAUAGGUAUUCAAAACACAGGAAACGUUUAUGGUUGCAUUCAGAAUGGACAAGUCUUUCCUACUUGGCCUAAGGAAACCUUUUCCGCAGACAAAGGUCCUCAAUUAAGUCAGAAUGGAAAAAACUUUAAUAUGAUUACAAGUGCUACUUACCAGACAACAUGUGUACAAGCCAAAUUCUUUGAAUCCAGUAAACUUCAGCAAGCCUUUGAUAGUCAGUCAUGCCUUCAGGCACUUGGGAAAAGUCAUAAUGAAGACAAACUCUCUAAGGGAGUACAGUGUGGUGAAGCUUUUAAUGCAACCAUGAGCCAUGCUGGCAAUGGUCAAACAUACACUGGGAAAAAAUCUUAUGAAUGUAAGGAAUGUGGUAAAAAUUUUAAAUAUUCUGCCAACCUUAAUAUUCAUAUGCGUACCCACACUGGGGAGAAACCUUAUCAGUGCAAGGAAUGUGGGAAAGCCUUUUCUAGGUGUUAUCCACUAACCCAGCACUUAAAAACUCACACUGAAGAGAAGCCCUUUGAGUGUAAAGUUUGUGGAAAAUGCUUUAGAAACUCCUCUUGUCUUAAUGAUCAUUUUCGGGUUCACACUGGAAUAAAGCCCUAUAAAUGUAAGGAUUGUGGUAAAGCCUUUACAGGGCGCUCUGGCCUAAGUAAACAUUUACCAACACAUACUGGAGAGAAGCCUUAUGAAUGUAAGGAAUGUGGGAAAGCCUUCACUUCAACCUCAGGCCUUAUUAAACAUAUGAAAAGUCACAUGGGAGAGAGACCCUUUGAAUGUGAUCACUGUGGGAAAGCUUUUGCUUCUUCCUCAACUCUUAUUACCCAUUUAAGAACACACACGGGAGAGAAGCCCUAUGAGUGUAAAGUGUGUGGGAAAGCAUUUACAUGCUCUUCUUAUCUUCGUAUUCACAUGCGCACUCACACUGGAGAGAAGCCCUAUGUAUGUAAGGAGUGUGGCAGAGCCUUCACUGAGCGCACAAGCCUUACUAAACAUUUACGAACACACACUGGAGAAAAUCCAUUUGAGUGCAAUGUGUGUGGAAAAGCAUUUGCAUGUUCUUCCUAUCUUCAUAAUCACAUACGAACUCACACUGGAGAGAAACCUUAUAUAUGUAAGGAAUGUGGGAAAGCCUUCACUGUGUCCUCACAUCUAAGUAAACAUGUAAGAAUUCACACAGGAGAGAAACCCCAUAAGUGUGAGGAAUGUGGGAAAGCAUUCACUGUGCGCUCUGGUCUUACAAAACAUAUUAGAACUCACACUGGGGAGAAGCCCUAUGCAUGUAAGGAGUGUGGGAAAGCUUUUGCCACAUCUUCAGGCCUCCUUGAACAUAUAAGAAGUCACACAGGAGAGAAACCAUACGAAUGUGACCAGUGUGGAAAGUCUUUUGCUUCUUCCUCCUACCUUAUUGCACAUUUGAGAAUUCAUACUGGAGAGAAGCCCUUUGAAUGUCACGAGUGUGGGAAAGCCUUUACAUGUUCCUCCUACCUUCAUAUUCACAUGCGAACUCACACUGGAGAGAAACCCUAUGAAUGUAAGGAGUGUGGGAAAGCUUUUGCUGUUUACUCACAUCUAAGUAAACAUGUCAGAAUUCACAGUGGAGAGGAACCCUAUAAGUGUAAAAGUUAUGGAAUAGCCUUCAGUAGCUCUCAUCUUACAGAACAUAUAAAAGCCCUUGAGAUAAAGUCUUUGGUUGGAAGGAAUGAAGAGACUGGUUUAGGAAGUUCUGAUGCUUUAGCAGUACAUUCAGAUUCAUAGUAGCAAGAAAGCUUAUCAGUGUAAGCCAUUUGUAAAGUGAUUAUGUCUUAGUUGACUUCAAAGACAUGAAAGAACUCAUGUUGUAAAAAGGCCUCAUGAACUUAGUGGGAAGUGAUCAGAAUGUUCAAAAUGCAGCUCACAUGAACUCACUUUGAAGCUGCACAAUGUCAGAAACAUAGAAAGUCUUAACUAUUUCUAGGGCUUUUUUAUAAGUAUGUGAGAGAAACUCUGUUGGCACAUAACAUAUUUCUGUUUAGUGCUUUGAUGAUUACCUACAGUACCACAGUGGAGGACUUCGUGAAAGUAAGAAAUGUUGGAAAGUAGGUAUUUAUGUUAGUCAUCAACGUUCAAUAAACAUGAAGUGAUUCACAUUUGGGAAACUUUGUGUAUAAAAUAUGGCGAUUGUUUCUGUGUCUUAAGAUCUUGUAUACUAACAGAAACCUGGCUUUCUUGAUUGUUUUAUAAACUUGUUUUGACCAGUUUUUGCAUUUUCAAUGUUUUAAGAUAUUUUUAAUAUUUGCACUUAAUGACUUUCCAGUCUUAAAAUCUAUUUAGGAUGUACAAGAUUUAUGGAAUAUAUGUAUACACAA